CUCGGCCCCGGGCUGCGACGGAAGGCUGCCAUCCCGGACUGCGGGCGUCGCGGAAACUGAAAAUGGCCCUUCAGCUAUGCUAGGUCUAUAAUGGGAAGCGUCACAGUUCGGUACUUCUGUUACGGGUGCCUUUUUACAUCUGCAACCUGGACAGCUCUGCUUUUUGUUUAUUUCAACUUCAGUGAAGUGACUCAGCCACUUAGGAAUGUGCCCAUCAAGGGGUCUGGGCCCCAUGGACCAUUUCCCAAAAAAUUCUACCCCCGUUUUACUCGAGGUCCAAAUCGAGUAUUAGAACCACAGUUCAAAGGAAACAGAAUUGAUGAUGUGAUGGAUAAUCAUGUUGAAGAUCCAGAUAAAGGCCACCUGAAAUCCUCUGAGCUGGGAAUGAUUUUCAAUGAACGGGAUCAGGAAUUGAGAGACUUGGGCUACCAGAAACAUGCCUUUAAUAUGCUUAUUAGUAACCGCUUGGGCUACCACAGAGAUGUGCCAGACACCAGGAAUGCAGCAUGUAAAGAUAAGUCUUACCCAGCUGACCUGCCAGUUGCUAGUGUUGUUAUUUGUUUCUACAAUGAAGCCUUCUCUGCCUUGCUUCGAACAGUGCACAGCGUUGUAGACCGCACACCAGCACACCUUCUUCAUGAGGUCAUCCUUGUAGAUGACAACAGUAACUUCGAUGAUUUAAAAGGGGAACUAGAUGAGUAUGUCCACAGAUACCUCCCUGGAAAGAUCAGAGUCAUCAGAAAUGGCAAGCGUGAGGGACUGAUUCGAGGACGGAUGAUCGGGGCAGCCCAUGCUACAGGAGAAGUCCUGGUGUUCCUGGACAGCCACUGUGAAGUCAAUGUGAGGUGGCUGCAGCCCUUGCUGGCCAUCAUCCAAGAGGACCCACACACUGUGGUGUGCCCUGUGAUAGACAUCAUCAGUGCUGACACACUUGCCUACAGCUCGUCCCCAGUCGUGCGGGGAGGAUUCAACUGGGGGCUGCAUUUCAAGUGGGAUCUUGUUCCCCUUUCUGAGCUGGGAGGACCAGAUGGAGCCACUGCACCAAUAAAGUCGCCCACAAUGGCUGGAGGAUUGUUUGCCAUGAACAGACAAUAUUUCAAUGAACUUGGACAGUAUGACAGUGGAAUGGAUAUCUGGGGAGGAGAAAAUCUGGAAAUAUCAUUUCGGAUCUGGAUGUGUGGCGGUAAGCUUUUCAUCAUCCCUUGCUCAAGAGUAGGACACAUUUUCCGAAAGAGGCGACCGUAUGGCUCUCCUGAAGGCCAGGACACCAUGACGCACAACUCCCUGAGGCUGGCGCACGUCUGGCUGGAUGAGUAUAAGGAGCAGUAUUUUUCCUUAAGACCUGAUUUGAAGACCAAAAACUUUGGAAAUAUCAGUGAACGUGUUGAAUUAAGGAAGAAAUUGGGUUGUCAGUCAUUCAAGUGGUAUUUGGAUAAUAUUUACCCUGAGAUGCAAAUACCUGGACCGAAUGCCAAACCUCAGCAACCCAUUUUCAUCAACAGAGGGCCCAAACGCCCUAGAGUCCUUCGGCGUGGACGGCUCUAUCACUUCCAGACCAACAAGUGUCUGGUUGCCCAGGGCCACUCCAGCCAGAAGGGAGGCCUGGUAGUGCUUAAGGCUUGCGACUAUGGGGACCCGACUCAGAUCUGGAUUUAUAAUGAAGAGCAUGAAUUGGUUUUGAACAAUCUCCUUUGUCUGGACAUGUCAGAAACUCGCUCAUCAGACCCGCCACGACUCAUGAAGUGCCAUGGGUCGGGAGGAUCCCAGCAGUGGACCUUUGGGAAAAACAAUCGGCUGUACCAAGUGUCUGUUGGACAGUGCCUGAGAGUGGUGGACCCGCUGGGUCAGAAGGGCUCUGUUGCCAUGGCGAUCUGCGAUGGCUCCUCCUCCCAACAGUGGCGCCUAGAAAGCUAAGGUGGGCCGAGGCUGUUGGAGACUCAGUGCUCUACGAAGAAUGUUGCUGGUGAAGAAGUCCAGAGCUGACCAACAGGUGGGGUUUGGUGAGGCUGACCGCAGGUGCAGAAGAGCGUUUCACCAGACAUUGGGUUGUUUCUGAGCUGCUGGUAGGGAACUUACUGUACACAGAGGGAAACAAAAUAAUUCUAAAGAAUUGGGACUGUACAGGCAAAUCCAAGAAGUGGGCGUUUUGGUUGGUAUUUAUUUACGCUGCUUUAGUCUCCUUUGGAGAUGGAAUGAUUUUGGUCUGAACAGGAACUUGUCCUGAUUUCCUUUCAUAGAGGACUUCAUAGGAGACAGUUUUUUUCUACUAUCAUUUGUUUAAUGUUUUUAAUAGAUAAUUUUAAAAACCGGUUGAAUGCAUAUUGCUUUUAACUUCAGAAAGUAUCAUUUAUAAUUUAAGAGACAUUUAACUAUUAUAAAUUAUUUUGAUGGAUUAAUACACUGUCUACAUUUAAAUAAAAGAUCUCUUUGAUUAUUUAA